GUACCCAAGAGCCAAGCCAUCGUUCCACAUGAAACGCUUCCGUUCGCGGUCGUCCCCGUCGAGGCAGCAGCACCACGUUUUCAAGUCAUUCAAGCCAGAGUCAAUCAAAAUCAUGCACUAAAUAAAAAGAUCCCGUUACGUCGGGAAAAGCUAAGCCAUUUGAAUUGUCACUCGCCAACAUAGGCACAACAGUAAACUGACAUUUUCAGCCUUCAUUUCACAUAGCUAACACCGUCACCAAAGUAUGCAGAACACAAGCGGAACACGUGCAAAAAAAAAAAAAAAAAGACACCAAGCUAGUGGCGUAACAGAGAACGUGAGGUUGAAUGCGAGCCCCCAAAUAUCGCGCAAUGCGGGAACAUUCUAUGCGCGUCUCGUGCAAAAUGUGGCACCGAAGAGGAAUCGUCAGUUGACCCAAGUCUGCACGUUCUAUUGGCAUAUCGCUAAGCGUGGACAGCUGAGCUAGUUAAUCGCGAAUAGCAUUGCGAAACACCGUUUCAGCGCACAAAUAAACAGGGACGAGCAGGGAGGAACAACAAGAGCGCCGCAGUAGACAAUGAGGCGAUGCUGGUGCCCCGCGAUCGCUCAAACAUAAUUACUCGAACCAGGCCACAAUCAUCAAAGGCGGCAAAAAAAAACGAAAUCAAGGAAAAAAAUUUUUCGCAUCGCUCAUGAACGAUCUCGCAAAUCUCUCGCCCUACCCAUAGCUGCAUGACGCGACACAACCGCCGUUCUUGUCCGUGUUUAUUUCUGCUCUGGAACGAUGUUUCAUAAUGCUAUCGGCGUAUAAACUGGCUGAAACCGCCAGCGGCAAAGCUCCCCCCCCCCCCCCUCUACACCCCAGAUGCAUGCACUGUCCCACACUUUAGCCUCUAGUCUGCUUGAAUAAAAAAAAAAAAGAAAAGACAAAUUUGCCCAGCAGCGCCCGCUUUAUUUUAUCGCGCGCCUACAGUGUUCCAUAUAUGCGACAACAUUUCGCGUAAUUGAUACAUGUGCACAGCGCAGUAGCGAACGCAGAAACGAAAAGCCAAUUUGUCGGGUGGCUCUGCCGCGCAUACAAAGCGUAUACAUACACGCCUUAUCGCGUUUCCUCGUUAUCGAACCUUAUCGAAUCGCAGGGGUCACGUCGACAUGGCCGAUCGGCCGUCGACACACUGUCCGAGCACCCGAGCUGCGCGCAGAGCUCGAGCAAGCAGUCCGUCCAGCCAGGAGCGACUGGCCGAAGAAUCGGUGCUUUCGCAGCUGCUUCUCAGUCGUCGCCGCCGUCGUACAUACGCGCGUAUACUACACGCAUACUGCGGCAGACUCUCCUGCGAGGAAUGUUCAUCGGGGACGCGCCGCCGUCGUACAUACGCGCGUAUACUACACGCAUACUGCGGCAGACUCUCCUGCGAGGAAUGUUCAUCGGGGACGCACCGGCGCCGGGCCAACGGGGCGUACGCGCCGAUGACGCAUAGCCACGCACGCGGAGUCGGCUCGCGUAGGGGAAGCGACAACACGUGUUGGCCGUGGACGCAGCGCUCAGUGCAUUGCGGCGCAUAGACGUCGCCCCCGGAAACAGCGCGAAUAGUUUCAGAGCACGUUUCCUGCAGACCGCCUCGACAGGCAAAGCCAUGGCUUGAGCAGCGCCAUGGGCACCAGUGGACGUACUUUCCCGGCUCAUAAGCCCAGCGUCUACGCUCGAAGCGGGCGGUUCCGUUUCGUCGUCGCGUAGCGCCCAUGGGACACAAGAGCGACAUCGCGCGCGUCACGCUGGUCGCGGCGGGCGACAGCGCGGUGGGCAAGUCCGCCGUGCUGCACGUCUUCGUGCACCGGUGCUUCCCGGCCGAGUGUCCGCCCACGGCGCUCGACCAGAAGGAGACGCUGCUGCACUGGAACGGUGAAACGGUGUACCUGAGCCUGUGGGAUACUCCGGGGUCCAGCUCGUACGACGCGCUGAGGCCGCUCGCCUACCCCGAGGCUGACGCGGUCUUGAUCUGCUUUGCGCUCGACGACCGCACCAGCCUAGUCAACGUCGAGCAUAAGUGGGCGCCCGAGAUUAGGGAACGCCUGCCCAACGUGCCAAUAAUACUCGUCGGAAAUAAACAGGACCUUCGCGACAUUGAUCCACAGCCACUGUGUGAAGUGAAUCCAAGGCCAGAUGCUGAAUCAUUUGUGAGCACUUCUGAGGGUGAAGCAAUGCUGGAAUGCAUAGGAGGGUCAGCCUAUGUGGAAUGCUCAGCUCUCAUGGACGAAGGUCUUGAAAGGGUCUUUGGUGCAGCAAUUGAAGUGGCACUCAAGCAGAAAACCCAAAAGAAGAAAUGCUGCCCUUGCUGCUGCAGUAUUCUGUAACCAUUUGGUUUUUACAGUUUUACGUCUUUCAGUAUUAAAAUCUCAACAGAGGAAAUCUCAAUGAAAUGCUGGUCACAACGUUGCACAUGACAGUUCCCCUCCCGUGAAAGCAAAGCUGGAGCAGCUUGAUUCGCAAAGCUUCUUCGUUCAUAAGUGUUUCGUCAUCGGUUGGGUGCCUUCACUACCACAAAAUAUGUUCACUGCUACAAUUGGCUAGUGCCCCUUCUUGUCAACCACUCCAGUACACAAACUGCUUCGGAACAGCCAACUUCCUGUACACAAUUGUUUUAUUGACUCUCAACCUCUGCCAACACUUCUAAUGCACUAUAACAGCAUAUAACAGGUUCUGCUUGAUUUGGCUGCACUUCCUGCACUAGCUCAGAAACAGUACAGCAUGAGACGCCUGCACUGCCCUCCUCCUUUCGUCACCGUGCAAGAAAUCAACAACUUCUUGGCACGUUUACCGUAGCUUAUUUAGAAAUGCAGAACGUACAGGUGCCACGUAAGUAUUUCGCAGUGCAAAACACUGCACUGUAAGCCUUACCAGCAAUGCCAAACAUAACGUUACCUAAUGUUUCAUUGACGCAAGCAGAAGGUAAGUUCACAGGAUGGACUGCUACAAGCACACAUUCACAAACAUAUAAUGAUACUGUCUCCAAGUUCUCAUCCAUCACACUUUCUGCCCAGCAAGAUCCAUCCACAGCUCCCUCUUCAUUGCCUCUAUGAAAUACCAUAAUUACUCACUUUUAACAUGCACUUUUUUUUUCUAGUAAGGUUUACUAAACAAUGACAUGCACUUUGGAAUGAAGUGUGAAACCAGGACUGCAAUAGUGACAAGCUAUCGUAAUUGGCAUUCAACACUGAUGUAAUCCAAACCAAUUCACACAUGACCUGUAGCUCUAGUAGCUACGACGACGUUUGUGCCCACUUUUGUGAGCUUGUUAUGCACCCAGAGUCGUCUGCA